AUGGCAGGGUUCCCCACGGCUCCCUCAGCCCGCCCUCCCGAGGGGCCGAACCGGCGCCGCCGCCUCCGCCCCUUCCUGUCCCGGCCGGCAGCGCGCGCCGGUUGUGUGAGGGACAUGGAGUACCUGGGGCCGGACACAGAGCCCUCUGCAGGGACACAUCCUGUGCUGCCAGUAGCGGGGUGCCCAUCCCGCCCAACCCGGCCAACAUGUGCGUGGGCUGCCUACGGGCACAGGUGGAAUCACCGAGGGCAUCCCCAAGCAGGGCACCGUUCCACUUCUGCAAACAGUGUGAAAGGUAUCUGCAGCCUCCAGGAACCUGGAUCCAGUGCUCUUGGAAUCAAGAGAGCUUCUUGCUUUGUGCCUGAAAAAAAUCAAGCUUCCCUGAGCAAGGUCCGGCUGGUUGAUGCAGGUUUCAUUUGGACAGAACCACAUUCCAAGAGGCUGAAGUUGAAGCUGACUGUUCAAAAGGAGGUGAUAAAUGGAGCAGUUCUGCAGCAGGUGUUUGUGGUGGAGUACGUUGUCCAGUCUCAGAUGUGUGAAGACUGUCACAGGAUUGAGGCCAAGGAUUUCUGGAAAGCUGUAGUGCAAGUCAGACAAAAGACUCUGCACAAGAAGACGUUCUACUAUUUGGAGCAGCUGAUCUUAAAGCACAAGCUCCAUCAAAACACACUUCGCAUCAAGGAAAUCCACGACGGCCUGGAUUUUUAUUACUCUUCAAAGCAACAGGCCCAGAAGAUGGUGGACUUCCUUCAGUGUACAGUUCCGUCUAGAUCAAAAUCAUCCCAACGUUUGAUCUCACAUGACAUUCACAGUAAUGUCUACAACUACAAAAGCACUUUCUCUGUGGAAAUCGUUCCAAUAUGCAAGGACAAUGUUGUGUGUCUGUCACCAAAACUGGCACAGAGCCUGGGGAACAUGAGCCAGAUCUGUGUGUGCAUUCGAGUGACAAGUGCCAUCCACCUCAUCGACCCCAGAACUCUGCAGAUUGCUGAAGUGGAUGGGAAUACCUACUGGCGCCACCCUUUCAACAGCUUGUUCCACCCCAAGCAGCUGGAGGAGUUCAUCAUCAUGGACAUCAACAGGGUCCACGAGAAGAAAAAAGGUGCUGGGGCAGGUGCAAGGUCAAACAAGCACACUCUGGCCGAGGCCUGGGUCCGGAAAACCUCAGAGCUGGACACAGAUCAUCAGUACUUCUGCUGCACACACCUGGGGCACAUCCUGAACCCUGGGGACCUCGUCUUGGGGUUCGACUUGGCCAACUGCAACUUAAAUGACGAGUUUGCCAACAAGAUGAACCCACACAAUAUUCCUGAUGUGGUGCUGAUCAAGAAGAGCUACGACCGCAGCAAACGGCAGCGCCGCAGGAACUGGAAGCUGAAGGAGCUGGAGAGGGACAGGGAAGCCCCGGAUACAGAUGAUGAAAGGCAAUACCAGGACUUCCUGGAAGAUCUGGAAGAGGAUGAAGCCAUAAGGAAGAAUGUCAACAUUUACAGAAAUGCAGAUAUUCCAGUGGAGAGUGACACAGAUGAGGAUGGGCCCCCCAGGAUCAGCCUGGCUGAAAUGCUGGAGGAUCUCCAUAUUUCUCAGGAUGCCACUGGUGGGGAGGGAGCAGAAAUGCUGACAGAGUAACAGGGCCCUCUCAAUGCACUAAAUAUUCCCUUGGCAAGCAAAAACUACCCAAACCAUCACCAAACAUUUCAAACUGAUCUCAAGAUCGUGAAAAGGAGCAGAAUUCCUGCUGUCCCCUGAAAUAAUGGUCCUGAAUUAACUUUUUAUAGAUAAUAUUCUAGGGAAUCAGCAAUCAGAGUUCAAUUUCUGCUGCAAGCAUUGCAAUGUAAUUCCAGAAGUUCCUCCCAUCCCUGAGAGCUCUUUCCUUGCAACUUCUGCAGUGUAAAGGGCAGCUGACCGACUUGGGGAUUAUCCAUUGGAAUUCUGGAGACAACUGAGAAGGAAGGAUGUCCAGAGGGAGAGAUUUUAUUCCAAUUUGGUGGAUUUUUAGGUAGAGUGCCUACCUAUCCUUACUGCUUGAAUUUCUUACAUGGGGAGCAUUCUCCCUGUCUCUUUGGCACAGUGGUUUGAAGCCUUUUAUGAUAUUGGUAGAUUAUUCCAUGUAUUAAUAUUUUGGGGAAGCUCAGGCCUGUAGUUGCUGUUCCCUUGGGAAGGGAACUCCAAAUAUCCACAUUAUAUCCACAAAAAACUCCCCUGCAAAGCCCGUGAUGAGAAAAUUCUGUGGAGUGUUAUGAAUAUUGUGCUUUACCCAUGCCUGUAUCAGUGGAUUAAAAGCAAUAUGCACAGUGUAUAAUUAAUAAAUAAAUCAGCUCUAAACUCUUAAAAACCUC